AUGGAAGGUAAUAGUACAUUGUUUAGUGGUCAGUCCUUGACACGACAAAUUAAAUACAGAGCAGUUAUUGUGCAGAUGUUGGUGACAGUGUUUAUUUGUAUUAAUGUGUUGCUCAUCAUAACCUUUUUUAAAAAGGAUUGCUUUCGCACAACUGCACGUUAUAUCCUAUUUGCUCUCAUACUUCUGGCUGAUAGCUUUCUGUUAUUAAUGUCUGAUGUCUUGUUCAUGCUUUCUUAUUAUGUAAUUACAAUACAUGUAUGGUUAUGCAGCAUUAUCACUACUGUUAUACUUUUGUACAAUUUCAUUACACCAGUGACUCUGACAGCUAUGACUCUGGAGCGCUACGUAGCCAUUUGUAUGCCUCUGCAUCAUGGAGAGCUGUGCUCCACUCGCAGAACAAUGCAUUGUGUCCUCAUCAUCCACAGCAUCAGUUCUAUUCCCUGUGUUGUUGUUAUGUUUACCUUUUUUGCAUCCGUCUUUGAUAGUUUUCACAAAAAACACAGAUUGUGUUCUGUGGAGAUAUUCAUUCUCCACACAUGGCAGAGUCAUCUUAGGUCAGCUAUAUGUCAGUUUUAUUUCUUAAUAAUGUGCAUCAUCAUUGUAUUCUGUUAUAUUAAAAUAAUGAAAGUGGCCAAAGCUGCAUCAGGAGAGGAUAAAAAGUCAACCCACAAAGGUCUGAGAACAGUGGUUCUUCAUGCUUUCCAGCUGCUCCUCUGUCUCAUCCAGCUGUGGUGUCCAUUCAUAGAAGCUGCUGUCUUUCAGAUUGAUUUUACAUUAUUUGUAAAUGUCAGGUAUUUUACCUACAUAAUAUUUAGUCUUGCUCCUAGAUGUCUAAGUCAUCUGGUUUAUGGCCUCAGAGAUGAAGCAUUUUUUCAUGCACUGAAAAAUGUGUUUAGCUUUUGUAUUAAAAACAUCAACCGACAAACGAGGGUAGUUAUUUUACACAGAAAAAUUACUAUUUGA